CCAGAGAGAGACAGAGAGGGAGGAAAGAACAGAAGGACAGAAGAGCAGAGAGGAGUACGCAAUGUAAACAAGGAUAGAAGCUGAAAACAAAGGAGCAAAGCGAGAUAUUUGCAAUCCUGGGAUUUGUUAUUUAGGAGUAAGCGGCCCACUGCGAAGGGAAAAGAGUUAAAGCCCUGCAGGAUAAAAGUGCAUUGACUCUGGGCCAUGUCGUGGUUUAUCUGGAGCGAGCCUCAGUACCGGCGGCCCCGGCGUGACCCCUCCGAGGUUGUGACAGACACGCUGAUGCUGGAGCUCAGCUGGCAACUGAAGGAGGCUCAGCGGCUGCAGCGUGAGCGGGACAACCAGUACCGCAGGUUACAAACAGGUGUCGACUACAGCUGGCUCAUGAGCGCCCCCCGCAGUACCUUUGACAUCAGCCAGGCAGAGAGACUGGCCCUCGAGGAGCUGUGCAGCAAAGUGCAGCCUUCUUACUGCGGGGCAGUUAUACUAAGGUUUCGCCAGGUGCUGAUGGAGAACGAGCCAGAGGUGCAGGAGGUCUCUGGACUGUUCCGCUCAGUGCUGCUAGAGGCUCUGGACCGGAUGCAGGCGGAGCAGGAGGCACAGCGUUUGUCCCGUCAGUGGAACAACAAGCGCUCUAUCAGCCUGUCCCUGCUCAGCUUUAAGUCGCGAGUGCGCAUUAACCCUUUUGGCAGCUCAGUGGGCCUGACCGCCAGCAGUUACAGCUCAGAUGAGGGCGUCGGAGAGCUGCAGACUGUGUCCCAGGAUGUGGAGAAGGGCCUCCAGCACUCAGCUGACAGGGCACAGCGGGUCUGGAGCAUGCCUGACUUCAGACACAAAGGCAUCAAUGGGAACGUGUAGAAGAUCAUUAGACUGGGAGACUCUGAAACCUCACUAAAGCAGAUCUGACUUUAAUAAAUGAAUGUAAAGUGUAUGGAUUGAAGCAACAGCUUGGCCAAAUAUCAAAUUUAAAAAGUCUCCUCUUACCCCAGAUUUUGUCGAUCAGCCAAGACUUAUUUGAUGUCUGAAGUUAGCUUAUUUACUUUUGCACUGGAGCUAAUGUAGCUAACAAACAGGCUUGUAUCCCACCAAUUAGCAUUGUGCGAACUGUAUUCUUGCAUAAUUUGGCAAAGGAACAACGUUUCUACAUCAAUAAUUUCAUAAAACAGCAGAAUAGAUCUCACAAUGCCUGAGAAAAAAAGGAAUUGUGGCUUCAAUCUGGCUGCUGCUGCUGUUUUUAGCUAUGCUAAUGUACCAUAUUUAUAAAGUAUGUUAAAGAAUGUUAGAAACCACAUAAGCAGGUCUGCUAGAGAUUACUGAAAAACUAAACACGGUUUGAGACAACUGUGUGAUGUUUUAGGCCUGCACUUAAGUUUAUAGGCUCUAUGCUAAUUAUAAGCUUCUAUCACUUGUUAGCUACAUUAGCCUUGUAGCUCCAGUGUAAAACUAAAGAAGCAAACUUCAAACACCAAACAUGUCUUGACUGACAUUUGGGGUAAAAGGAAAUGUGUAAAUGUAAUUUUGGCCAAACUACUGCUUUAACUUCAGUGGUAAAUAUGGGAGAUAUCCAGCAUAUCCUUUAACAGCAGUGUUUCUGAAUACAUAUACAACAGCACCUCUGUGGUGAACCAACAGAAAACUUUGUGCAAUACAUUAAACUUGAGUUGAAGCAAUGUCUUUUUCCUUUAAACUGUAUAAAUAUUACAAUGGAGUAUGAG